CUGCGGGAAGGCAAGAAAGCCAACCGUGCAGCUGAAUUCUCUAGAUUCCUUUCUCUUUCUAAGAAUUUCCCUUUCUUCUCCGCUCUCCGUGUGAAAACCUAGUCAUCAUGACCGAGCAGCUCACGGACGAACAGAUCUCCGAGUUCAAGGAGGCGUUCAGCUUGUUUGACAAGGAUGGGGACGGAUGUAUCACCACCAAGGAAUUGGGUACAGUGAUGCGUUCACUGGGUCAGAAUCCAACAGAAGCAGAACUACAGGACAUGAUUAAUGAGGUGGAUGCAGAUGGCAAUGGAACAAUCGACUUCCCAGAGUUCCUCAAUCUCAUGGCUCGGAAAAUGAAGGACACAGACUCUGAGGAGGAGCUCAAGGAAGCCUUCCGAGUUUUCGAUAAGGACCAGAACGGAUUCAUCUCCGCCGCUGAGCUUCGCCAUGUCAUGACCAACCUGGGCGAGAAGCUGACCGACGAGGAAGUCGACGAGAUGAUCCGCGAGGCGGAUGUCGACGGCGACGGCCAAAUCAACUAUGAGGAGUUUGUUAAGGUCAUGAUGGCCAAGUAAAAGUAAAAUCAGCAAUGAGGAGAUUACUUCCUUCUAGUUGUUGUGUUGUUCUCAGUGCUCGUAUUUUUUAUGUUUUGUUAACCUGUGGUUUCUAUGAAUCUCUCAAUUGAUUUCAUUUCUGAGUAUUUGGAAACUGGCUUG